AACCCGAUCAUAACACCAUUAUGGUUAUAACAAUAUUCUGGUAGAUUUUCAUUUCGUUAAGUUACAAGUAUCGUAUACGGAUUAUUUAUUAAGGUAAGAUAUAAAAUUGAUUUAUUUUCUUUUUGAAGUUGUGGUAAUGCUUUUUCUCAAAAACGUAUUAUAGGCCACACAGUCGUUAUGUUAUUAUAUUACGAACGAUUAAUUGUAAUUAAAAUGCUCCGUGGUUAUUGGGUACUUCGGUACAAAGAAAUCGAUUAUAGUUUAACUAUCUGUAAAUCUUAAUAAUAAUUCGCUAGUCAUUAUAAGUAGCACGACGAUAUGCCUCUCUCGUUUAGCUACUCGUCUGGCGACAAUGCUAGUUUACAUUAACAACCAUGCACUGUCUGAGGUCGUUUGUGUUUUCGUCGCUCCCUGUGCUCCUAGUAGCCGUCUUUAAUAAUGUACACAGCAGCAAUGUGCCACUGCUAUUUACUCAACACCAUCCUAUGGUGUACAAAUAUUCACGUUCUUCCAGGUCUUCUGAUUUUGCACAAGCCAUGUCUGACCUAGUCGAGCAGCGCAUUGACGAUAUCGAAAAAUCUAUUGGGGACUCUAGGGUCUAUCGCGGUUUGGUGUUGAAAAAUGGACUUACCGCCUUGUUGGUCAGCGAUCCCGAUACUGACAAAUCGGCUGCAUCUCUUUCCGUCGCAGUUGGUAAGUUUUUUAUUAUUAACCUACCAUUAUUUAUUCACUAAUUUUUUGAAGUACCUACCUAAAUUGUAUACCAUUAAAUUAUAUUUUUACUGGACCAUUAUAACUGUAAAUCUAUUAUAGUAAGCAUUCACACUUACUUUCUGACUUUUAGAUAAGUAUUCAGUUAAAAUUUUAAAAAAUUGCAGUAACAUAUUAUAUACUAUUUUGUUUUAAAAUUAUUUAUUGAAAUAAUCUUUUUCUUUUUCUUUUGUAUUUUUUCCUGUGAUUAGGUAGUUUAAGUGAACCAAAUGAUCUACCGGGUUUAGCUCAUUUUUGUGAGCACAUGUUGUUUUUGGGUACAAAAAAAUAUCCAGUAGAAAACGAAUUUACACAAUUUUUAACACAAAAUGGUGGAUCUUUUAACGCAUACACUGCAAAUGAUCAUACAAACUAUUACUUUUCUACUAAAACAGAAUCACUUAAAUCAUCAUUGGACAGGUGAAUAUAAUAUAUUUUUUUUUAUGCUUAACAUCAUUUUGUUAUAUUAUAAUAAAUAUGUACAACGUUAAAAUAUCUGUUAAAGAUUUGCUCAAUUUUUCCUUGAACCAUUAUUUACAAAGAACGCAACUGAAAGAGAAAUUAAUUCUGUUAAUUCUGAACACGAAAAAAAUAUUGCUGAUGAUUAUUGGCGAUUAGCACAAUUAGAAAAAAAUUCUGCUGAUCCAAAUCAUCCUUUUAAUCGCUUUUCAACUGGUAAGUCUUAAUUAAAUUAUGUUAAAACCCAUGAUGUUUUAAAAAGAUUUACUAUUUAAAACGAUGAGGUAGGUAUUUGGUUGUAUAAUUUAUUAUUUUCAUUGCUUAAUUUAUAUAAUGAAUCAUUGUGGACAAUUUGCUAUAUUUUUAAUUUAACCUGUACUCAUGAUUACAAUUUAAUGAUAAAAAGUUCAAUAUGAUGCAAUUAUAUUUGUUAUGUAGUACUUACUAACUAUUAUAAUUAUAGUUUAUAAAAAUGAUAGCAAUACAAUUUUAAAAUAAUACUAAUUUAAUUAUGACAUCAAUACUCAAUAGCCAAUGACUAUUGUGUAAUUAUGCUGUAUUACAAUUUCACAUGUAAACUCAUAAUAAUUUGUGUUAUCAAACAUUUAAAUUUUAAUUCUUUUCUCAGUGUUUCAAAAAUGUAUCAUGAACAUUUGAGACAUUUAAAAAAUUAUGUGCUUUUUAUCUUUUUAUAUAAAGUUUAAAAGAUAAAAUAUAAAAAUAUAACAAUAAAUCAUUAUUGCAAAACUAAUAUACUAGUACUAUUACUCCUAAGCAUUACAGGCCAUGAUAACUCUUAGCUUCCAAAACAAUUCUCCACUCCUCUCAGUCUUAAGUUGAAUUUUUCCAGUUUUGUAUACCUAUAUGUUGUAGAUCAUUCAUUACUUCGUCCAUCCAUCUACUUUUUGGGUGGCAUUUCUUCUUCUUGUUUUAUCCAUUCUUGCAUGCAGUAUCGUUUGGUCAUUCUUUGUACAUGACCUAACUAUCUUAUUCUUCUUGUCUGAAUGAAUCUUACUACAUUUUCUUUUUCUAAAACUUUCUCUAUUUUAUUGUUACUUCUUAUCCUCCAUCCUCCUUCUUCAAACCUACUACACAGCACCAUAUAUUCUCCUUACCAAUUUCCUUUCAAAUAUUUUUAAUUUGUUGCUAUAUACAUUUGAUAGUGUCCAAGUUUCAGCUAUACAAAAUUAAAAAAAAAAAAAAAAAAAAAAAAUUGUAUUUUGAAAGAAUACAUUUUAGAAGUAAAAAGCAACUAAUUUCAUAAGCCAUUUAUUUUACAUUAUUCAUGCAAUAAUUUUGGUCAAAUAUGAAUGAUAUAUUAUUCAUAGUUAUUUAUUUUUUCUGGAAUUAGUUUAAUAAAUUACUUAAAAAAAUUGCUCUUUUCCUAACUAAUUUCUCAUAUUUUCUGUACAAUUUUAUUGAUUUGUUAGUCUUGUCAAAAGCAAUUGCAAUUCUGGUCUGUACUCUUAUUGCAAUAUAUAUAAUAUAAUAUUGCUUAAUACAAUUAUUUUCAUGUCUGUGACUACACAUGAUUGUAUUCAUAUAAUAGCUUUGAUAUAUCAGACCAUAGAUCAUAUAUUUGGUGGUCGAAUUUUAUAACUUCAGAAGACAAAAAAAAAAUAAUGAAUAAUUUACUACCAGUUUGUAAAGACUAUAAUAAAAUAUGAUUAGUAAUUUAAAAGAUGAUUUACAUGAUAUUAAAAAGAAAUUGGCAAAUAUCAGUGCCAAUGAAUGUUAUAAUGUAUGCAAGCAACUAAUGUUAUGAAAUUUCCUAUAAAUUUGACAUAUAUGUGACUUUCAUAUAUCCUUUUAAUUUAUCCUUUUUCACAAACACCGUUCAUGUAUAUUUACGGGUUGGACAGAUUUAUGGAUUUUUUAAAUUUAAUCUUUAUAAUAAGUUUACACUAAUAUUUAUAUCAUUUUUCUCCAACACUCAUUGUAUUUUUAUAUUCUAUUAGUGAAUUUAAAUGAUUUAAAAAACUGAAUUUAAUGUAUUUCUCUGUGUUUCAUUAGGUUCAAAAGAAACAUUAUGGGAUAUUCCGAAUUCGAAAAAUAUAAGUGUUCGUGAACAAUUGUUGGAGUUCCAUUCAAAAUGGUAUUCUGCACAUUUAAUGUUCUUAACUGUACUUGGAAAAGGUAUAUAUUAAAAAUUAAAAAAUAUUAUUAUUAAAAAAGUUAAUACAUUUUUUUAAUUGAAUGCAUAGAGGAUUUGAACACUUUGGAAGAAAUGGUUGUAUCUUUAUUUGGCGAUAUUGAAAAGAAAAAUGUAGAUAUGCCUUAUUGGCCUGACCCAAUAUAUAAAGAAGAACAGUUGGCCACUAAGACAAUUGUAGUCCCAGUAAAAGAUAUAAGAGUAUUAUCUGUUAGUUUUCCUAUUCCAGAUCAGACCAAGUUUUUUAAGAGCCUGGUAAAAACUAAUAAAUUAAUUUUUUUAAUGCAAUAUGUCUUGAAUUUAAUAAAAUAUAUAUUUUUUAGCCUAACAAAUAUUUGAGUGCUUUACUUGGUCAUGAAGGAAAUUCAGGUAUUUUAACAGUUUUAAAAAAGAGAGGGUGGUCUAGCAAACUUUCAGCUGGUAGUAAAUUUGAAGCUAGGGGCAUUGAGCUCUUUGACAUUGAUGUAGAUUUGACUGAACAAGGAGUUGACCAUGUUGAUGACAUUAUUAAAUUAAUAUUUCAAGUAAUAUACUAGUUAUUUUAAAAUAUUUAUUUAAAAAAAAUUAACCUCUUUACUGUAGUAUGUGAAUAUGUUAAAACGAGAAGGACCUCAAGAAUGGUUCCACGAUGAAAAUAAAAAUAUUAGUGCAAUGCAAUUCCAAUUUAAAGAUAAAGGAUCUCCAUUAGAUUAUGUCUUUCGUUUGUCUUCUAAUUUAAUUGUGAGUAAUAUUUUUAAAUAAUUUGUUCUAAAUAUUUGACAUAAUUCAAUUUUUGAUUUAUUAUGUUUAGAACUAUAGUUUAAAAGAUGUUUUAACAGUAGAAUAUAUCAUAAGAGAAUGGAGACCAGAUUUAAUAGAAAAUCUUUUGUCAUAUUUUAAACCAGAAAAUAUGAGGUAACUAUGAAUAUAAAUUAUGAUUACUGGAUUUUAAAUAAAUUAGUUCUAAGAAUUGGAUUUAAAACAAUCUAUUUAAAGUGUUAGAUUAUAUUAAAACCAUAAAAUAAUAUUGUGAAAAAAAACUUUAAAAUUAUGUUUUGUAAGUAAAUCUUGCUGGUUAAGACAAGACAAUAAUCUUACUCUUGUUCAUAUAAGUGAUAUAAGUAAAAUUCAUUACUAUUUGGUGAAAUUAUGUUUGAUGUACAAUUCCUUACAAAGAUAUUUGCUCCAAAUUUUUUUUUUAUAUUAUUCCCCACUAUCACUCAUAUAUACUCACUACUUUUAAAUAAAACAACCAUAUAAAUAAUAUGAUUUGCUGCACCUCAUACGCCAAGAGAAAAUGGAAGUAAGAGAAAUGUUGGAAGACUAAGAAUAUUGUAGCUAAAAUAUCUCCGCGACAAUGGCAGAUGAAUUAUUUUGUUUGUCGUUACAAAGAAAAAUAAUAUUCAUUUGAUUUCCAACAUCUGAAGCAGAUAAGAACUUUAAGAAGAAGAAUAUAUAAAUAAUAAUAAAAUGCAAAUUUAAUUGUGUAUAAAAAAGACAGACAUAUUUUGCACGAUGGGUGGGCCACUUGAGAAGAUAGGAUAUAGAGGAAAAUUUAAUGUUUUUCUGUACUCAAAGAUUAAUCUUUUUCAACCAAAAAUGAUUCUGAGUAGAGUUAUACAUGUUUUGAAAUCUUGUAAUAUUUACAAUUUUUGUCGAAAUUUAAAAAAAAAAAUGAUACUACCUCUUUUUUUUGCCACUUAUCCCCUUGUUAAAUUUUCAAGCAUUAUGUUUAAUCUAAAAAUUUUAUCCACGACUAAUUAUUAAAUAAAAAUUGUAUAAAAAACUCUUAAAGUUAAAAUAUUUAUAAAUAGCUCAAAAAUGGUUAAAAUGUUUUGAAAAUAUUACCAUGUAAUAUUUUAGGCAAACAUAAUUUUUUUAUCCAAAUGUCAAGUGUAAAUUUUCCAUUUUUUCCCCAGUUAUUAUAAAAACUACUUUAUAAAUCAACAAUUUACCUCCCUGUAUAACAUAAAAUUUCUUUUUAGGAAAGAUUCUAUAUUUAAUAAUAGGAACAAGAUUUCUGGUAGAAAAGUUGUUCACUGAAAAAAAUAAAUAAGUAUUAUUGUAUAUCCAAUAUAUCCCUCGCUCUGCUCAGAAUCUAAAAUUUUAAAAAUGUUGUAAUCUACAGUUCUUAUCUAUUCAAAGACAUUGAAUUAGAAAUAUUCAAUUUAAUAUUAGAUUAUAUGCAAGAUGACAUGUUAGUCAUCACAAAUUUAAAAUCACAAGUAGUUUUGUAGAUUUGUCAUUAAGCACUUACAUACCAGUCUACAUUCUGAACUUAUAUUUGAAUUUUUAAGUGUAUUGAUCAGUUCAUUACUUUUUAUAUUUAGGUUAUUAUAACUAAAUAAUGUAUAAGUUAUAUAAAAUAGUAAUAAAAUAAUUACUGUAACUUUAUUUUGAAAUUUGUUAUUAACAUUUCAGAGUAACAAUUGUUUCUAAAGUUUUUCAAAACAAAACUGAUACUGUAGAUAAAUAUUACGGAACGCCAUACACUAUCAGUAAAAUACCAGUGGAAACAUUAAAUGUAAUUUUUUUAUAAUUUCAAUUUUAUAAUUUAAUUAGCAUAUUUAUUUAUUUUUUACUUUUCUUGUAUUUAGGAAUGGCAAAAAGAUGAUUUAUGUGAAGAUUUUAAAAUGCCAUUGAAGAAUGAAUUCAUUGCUACAGAUUUUAGCUUAGUGCCAAUUGAUAAAAAUGUAAUCAAAUUAUUAUGUGCCAAGUAUAUGAUAUAUUUUGUUAAUCAUAUUUUUACCUUUUUAGGAACCAGAUCAUCCACACAUUAUUCAUGAAUCAUUAAUUUUAAGAAGUUGGUUUAAAACGGAUACAGAAUUCAGAUUCCCUAAAGCAUUUGUUUCUGUUGACUUUUUCAGGUAUAUUAAUAUAUUAAGUACCUUGACAGUAAAUGCUUUAAAAUUUAAACGAGUUAGUUAAUUAAUAUGUUCAAUAUUUACUUUAUAUAUUCUAUAACUUAUUUAAACAUUUAUAUAACAAUGAAUUAACUUACUAUCAAAAUUAAAGGUAAUACUGUGUUAAUAAUUUGUUAUAUUUAUAUUUAUGUCAGUUUAUUUUUAAUAUAUUAAUUUUUAAGUAAGAUAUGACCAUAUGAAACAUAACAAUUUAUAUAUAUAUAUAUAUAUAUAUAUAUAUUUAUAAUAAAAAUAAAAAAAACUGGCAUAUAAACACAGAUAACAUUUUCAAACAAAUUACUCUAAUAUUAAAACUUAAAUUACAGAAUUGUUUCUGUUUAGUGCAUAUUUGUUAUCUCAUAUUGUAUUUGUAAAAUGGAAAUAAUAUAUAUGGUUAUCAAUGUAUUAUAUGUAUAUUAUAAAUAUCUUGUUAGCCAACACUACAUUAAAGAGAGAAUUAUGUUAUUUCAAUCAAAUUUUACUAAUACAUUUUAUUAAAUAUUUCUUAUAGGCUAGGCACUUAUUUUUAUUUUAUAUUACCAACUUGUAUUUUUUUUUUGUUUUUUUAGCCAUACUGUAAUGGCUGAUCCAUUCCAUUGUAAUAUUAUGAGUCUUUUUAUAAGAUUGUUUAAUGAAAAUUUUACUGAGUAUACAUGGGAUGCUACUAGAGCUAGUUUACAUUUAUCCAUAAAAUCAAAUAAUUAUGGGUUUAGGGUAAUAUAUUAUUGAAUAAAAUAUAAGCAAAAUAAUAGUUUUAUAUUUAAAAUCAUUACUUUUUUUAGUUGCAACUAAGUGGAUUUAAUCACAAACUGCAUAUUUUGUUAAAGAAAACUAUUGAAGAACUUUUAACAUUCAAGAUUGAUCCAUUACGUUUUGAAAUCCUUAAAGAAGAAGUAAGUUGAUAUUUUCAAAAUAAUGUUCAAAAUUUUAAAUUUUAAAUUAAAUUAAUAGAAAAUCAGAGAUUUGAAAAAUAUUGCAAUGGAGCAACCCUAUUUUAGUGCAGUGCGAUAUGAUUCUAUAAUUUUAUCAGAAGCUGCAUGGACACCUGAUGAAUUAUUAGCCACCAUCAAUGGUAAAUAAUUAAAAUUAUUAUUUAUUAGGGUUUUUCUUAAUUUAAACUGUAAAUUUCAGAUGUUAACAUUAAAAAUAUUGAAGAAUUUAUUGAACAGUUCCUAUCACAUAUGUUUAUGGAAUCAUUAAUUUAUGGUAACAUAGACAAACCUGUAAGUUCAUUUUAUUAUUUAUAUUUUUAUUAAUGAGUAAUUUAAUGAAUUAUUUUAUUUUAGAAAGCAAUCGAACUUACUCAAAUAUUGGAAAAACCAUUUUUGAGCCGCAAUGGUUUUCGUAAAUUACUACCACGUCAAAUGGUAAGGUUAAGAGAAGUACAGCUUGAAGAUGGUGAGUUUAAUUAUUGUUAUUUUUUUAGAUUUAAACCUUUUUUUGGUUGCAACAUCAAUAGGCAAUUUUUAAUUAAAUUAAUAACAUUCUAAAAUGUUAACAAAUUAUAAUCUGUACAAUGAGUCUUAUUACUUCCUCAUUUCUCAUUUGUUUAAAUUGAAAACAAAUUGGAACCUAUUCUACAAAUUCUAUUAUUAUUUUAUUUUAAUUAAUGUAUUCAAUUAAAACAUAUUUAACAUAAUAUCCAAUUUUCUUAUCAAAAAGUAAGUUUUUAAUUAAUUAUGCUAUUUGAUGUUUUUUUUUUUUUUUAACAUUUUAUUAGAGAAUAUACAAUCUAUACCCAAAGGCAUAAUAAGAAUAUGUGCUACAUUAUAUUAAAAAUAAACAUGAAUAGGGUGAGGGAAGAAACCAUCCAGUGAUUGCACUUCUUUUUGCUUAAAUAUAUGUGCAACUAUAUAUUUUUUUUAAUUAAAAUUAAAAAUUUUUUUUGUUGAUGUUAAAAAUUAAAUUAGUAUGUUAUACUAUUACUUACUUGUUUUAUUUAUUGUAUAUAAGGUGAGAACACAUUGUAUGAAACAACUAAUGAUCAUCAUAGCAGUUCGUGUGUUAACAUCCAUCUACAGUGUGGUAUCCAGUCGUCACUGAAUAAUAUGAUAGUUAGCCUGUUUAAUGAAAUUAUCAAAGAAUCUUGUUUUAACAUAUUGCGAACACAGGUAUAAAUAAUAUAUUUAUCUGUUUGAACUAUGAUUUAUUUUAGAUUUUUAGUGGAGCGAGUAAUGUGUUGUUUUUACAGUGAUAUUUUAUUUUUAUAUAUAUACUGUACAAAAAUUAUUCCAGAAAUCUUGGUUGGAAAUAUCAAGUAUGGCACUUUUUUCUGAAAGAAAAUCUGACAGGUGGUAUUGUAGGCAGAGUAUUUUUUGAUUGUCCUAGGAGUUUUUCCAAUAAAUGGGAAAAUGGAUACAAAAUUAAUCAAAUAUUAUUAAAGAAAAUAUUUAAUGUAUAUAUAAUUAUUUUAUCACAAUAUGACAAAUAUACUGUUAACAAAGCAACAAUAUCAACCGAACUUCGUUCAGAAACUUAACUCUAGUUAACUCUGAGUUCUUGAAUAAACUCUGGUUUCAUUAAAAAUAUCAGUGUUAACUCUACGCUGCCUCAGAGUCUUUAACUCAAACAAUCCUAGAUAAAUAGGUAGGUUAUUUUAACACCACUGAUAAUGAUGCUUAUCUCUUAAUGAUAACAAAACCGAAAUCAUGAUUUUAUGGUAAUCUAAACUUUAUACUCUACAUUUAUUACAUUAUCAUUUAAAAAUUUUGAACUAAAAUUAUGAUAAUAACCUAACUUUCCUAAUGUCUAUUUUUCUUUUUAAUUCAUUGUUCAAUGAUUUCCCGAAUGUACCUAAUACCUACCAUAAAUAAGUCUGUACACUAAUGGACCAUCUUACACAAAUUAAAUAAUAUAAUUUUAUAGUAAUUCAUACCAAUUUUUAACUACCUCUUACGGUUAUUUUUAAUAUAUUUAAAUAUUGUUCGGUUAUUUGGAGUCAUUUGUAGAGUAAACUCGGUUAGACUCAUAAGAGUAAACAUUACUCAAGUUAACUCCUAACUACGAGUUUUCGAAUAAACCCUAGAUAAUUUCCCCUCUACUACCUUCCCAACUUCUCACCUAUAACAGUGUCUGCACCCGUCCUCCAUUAUCCUGGGACAGUUUUUUAGUUGAUUCAUUUGUAUUUUAGGAACAACUUGGAUACAUAGUAUUUAGUUCAUCAAGCAGAAUUCGUGGGGUAUUGAGUAUGCGUAUUAUUGUACAAUCUGACCGUACUCCGAUGUAUGUUGAUUCAAGAAUAGAGAGUUACAUAGAUACUAUUCAGGUUUGUUUCUUUUAUUAGACUACUUUGGUUAAAAUUGUAAAAUUAUAUAUUAAUAUAUAUAUUAUUGUAAAAUUGAUUUUGAAUAUUUUUGGCUGUAUAGGAAUUAUUAGAAAAUAUGUCUGAUGAAGAAUUUGAGAAAUAUAAAGAUGCUUUAACAGUUAAAUUGUUAGAGAAGCCAAAGGGCUUGAUGAAACAAGCAGCUGUUUAUCUGUUAGAAAUUGAUACACAAGACUAUAAUUUUAAUCGGGCACAAAUUGAAGCAGAAGCAUUGAAGUCAAUUGUUAAGAGUGAUAUUGUUCAAUUUUAUGCAGUAAGUUAUUUGUAAUUUUAUUAUUAUUUUUAUAAAAUUAUAUUAUUGUAAAAUUAAUUUGUUAUUUGUAUAGGAACAAAUCAGUCGGUCUAGUCCCAAAAGACAAAAGCUGGCUGUACAUGUAAAAUCUACACUUAAAAAUACAAAUGAUGAUAAUACACUUGCAAACAACAAUGUAUGAAUUAAUUAUAAUUUGUUUGGAGUGUAAUAUACUAAUGUUAUUUUUCUAAUUUUAGAGCACAAUAAUAGCGGACAUAACAGAUUUUAAGAAGAAACAUCGUCUAUAUGCAUUGCCAAGCCCAUUUAUACCUGUGGGAAUUUCUUCUACAAAAUCCAAAUUAUAAAUUUUAUUUAUAUUAACUUUUGUUUUUCAAAAAGUGUAUAUUUGUAUUCAUUAAAAUAAGAAUUACUCGAAUCAAAAUACAAUUUAAUAGUUUUUCUCGUUAAAUAUAUCACUAAAAUAACAAUGAUUUUAAACUAAGUUUUAACUUUUGAUAAUUACAAAUGAUUAAUCCUUAAUCCUUAAUCUUAAUUGUUCUACACCUGAGAUUUACUAAUCGAAUACUUAAAGGACAGUCUAAGGAAAAGAGUUACUUUUUUAAUGAUAAACUAUAGUAUUUUAUCAUAAACUAACAAAUUGUAGUGUAGUGGAUUUUAGGAGAUUUUAGACUCUUGGCCUAUUUUUUUUACAUAACCUAUAUAUAUAUACAAAUAAUUAUUAUUAGAGAUAAGAUGUUGAUGACUUGCAUUUUGUCCCUUGAUCCUAUAAAAUGGUAAUUAUAUACAUAUUAUGGGAAAUGUACCAAUAAAUGUAAACAUAAGAUAUAUGAUAAAAUACAUUUUUUAAGAGUACCAAAUUUUUAGUUCAUCAAACAAUUAGCCCUCUUAGAUUCCGAACAUAGCGAUGGAGCUAAAUGUUUUACAAUGUUAUUUUUUUUUUUUUAAGCUCAAAUUGUCUAGAUGGUACUAAGUAAUUUUUUGAUAUUCGACACCAUUUUUUAAAUAAAAGUGGGAAAAAACUAAGAAAACGUAUAAUUUCACAAUUUCAUUAUUUUAUAAAAACACGGUUGACGUUUUUUGCCAGAAAAAAUGAUUUAAUGAAAAAAUCACGAAAAUCAUGAAAAAAAGAUACCCUUUUUGUUAUCUUUUUGAUUUACUUUCUUAUGGUAUCACUACCAAAACUUUUAAAGAAUUUUGAUUUUUGGAAGUUUUUUUUGCUGUAAUUCGGUUCUAAAUACACGUAGAGACUUGAAACUUGGUAAUAUUUUUAUUGGAUUUACCUAGACGUGGUAAAAUUUCUAAAAUCAUCGGAUGACUUUAUUUUUAUUUUUUAACAAGCGUUUUGAAAUCAAAUUUAAACGAAAAUCGUAAAAAAAAAAAUUAUGACACUUCAAAUUUUGUAUUACCGAACUGCGUUUGGAAUCAUCUUUCGUCAAGCAAUGGUUUAGCGUUGCCUACAAAUAUAAAAUUAAAUAACCUUGUGUAACCUAUUUCCCUAACUUCUCACCUACAACAUUGGUCCCUCCCAUCCU